CUUAUAAAUAACAGUGUAAAUUGUUUGCCUUUUGCCAUGGACAUACACACUCCAUGCUGUAGAUGUCUCUAGAAUCCAGGGGUAAAAUUUUACACUGGCUCCAUGCAUAAACCAUAGAAGAAAAUAACCAGGAAACGCUACACUUUAGCAUGAGGAAUUUCCACUGUUUUCAUGGGAGAAGUUGAUGGAGCUGCCUGCAACAAACAGAAGGUGGAGCAUAAACUACAGUCCCAGCAGAUGUGAAUCAGUCUUGGAUCUUUGCCCUUCUGUUAAAUUAGGAUGGAGAAGGUGAUCAACUGUUUCAAGAAAAAGCCAGAUGCUGUGUCCAGGCUGAUCUGCUUCCCCUGGGCAGGUGGAGGCUCCAUGCACUAUGCACGCUGGGGAAAUGUCCUCAAUAGCUCCAUAGAAGUGUUUUCUGUAAAACUUCCGGGCAGAGAGAGUCGAGCCAAAGAGCCGUUCUUUCAGAACAUGCAGCAGAUUGUGGAUGAGGUUAUUGGUGUUUUGUUACCAGUGCUGCAAGAGAAGCCAUUUGCUCUGUUUGGGCACAGUUUUGGUGCCUUCACAAGUUUCGCCGUGGCAGAUGAUCUGAAGAGAGUGCACAACCUUGAACCAGUUCACAUCUUCCUGUCUGGGGCUUCUGCACCUUAUUCAGAGAUACGCAUCAAAGCCCCAAAGAGAAGCGACUUAUCUGAUGACGAUUUUCUCAAGUGGUUGAUUUUGAUUGGAGGAACACCCCCUGAGCUGCUGGCAAACCCUGAAGUCCUGAAGCUCUUCCUUCCCGCCCUCAAGGCCGACCUACAUGUUGUGGAGAACUACAAGUGUAACAAGCCAGACAGUCCAUUCCUCUCCUGCCCAGUCACAUGUUUUGAUGGAAAGGAGGACAUUCCUCAUGACUUACAAGCUUGGAAAGACAUCACAUCAGGAGAUUUCACAGUCAGGAUGCUUGACGGAUCACAUUUUUACCUGAAGGAUUCUGGAAAUGAAGAAAUUCUAUUAGACUACAUCACAAAACAACUGGAAACAUCAGAAAUGGACUAUUUAUAAUGGGUUAUGUGAACAAGUGUCACGUGGAUAUAAAAAGAGUAAUUUGGUUGGCUCCACAUCGAUCAAUAUUAGGGCUGUAACUAUUAUUUUUAUUAUUUAUUAAUCUGAUGGUUAUUUUAGGUGGUCAUAAAAUGGCCAGGAUAACUGAAGGCGGAUUCUUUUUAUUUGCCUUACUUUUAUAAAUACUACUCAUUUAUUAACAUCAGUUUGAUGUAAUUGUGCAGGAUUUUGUUGAAAGGCUCAUUUUCAUCUGCAGUCCAAAUGUGCAUGCUCUAACAAUACUCAUAGGUCUUUAUUUUACAAUAUAAAAUUACUUUUUGGGGGGGAUAAAUGAUUAAUCAUUUAUCAACGCAGCUCUAAUAAUUGAUGAAAUGACUGUGUAACCAACGCCAUAAAGACUUUUUUCUUCAUUAUUAUUUUUAAAACCAUAUUUUAAGUGCGUAAUGUUCAAAAUCAUGUCAGUUAGUCAAGGUACGUGAAUUGUAAUUCGCUUGUGCACAGAUUUGAAAUGUCUACAUAAAAACAAAUUUCAUUUGUGAAUAAAUAUAAUUUGUCUUUAUCAUA